AUGGCAUCGAGUCUGCACUUAUGGAUGCAAGAAGACGCCGUCGACGGCUGAAUACUGCAAUUAUGUAUCAAGUUCUGUCACAUUCUGAGAAGCAUCUUGAGAAGAAACCAAGGGUGGAACCAAGGUACACUGGACAACAAUGGGUAUUUGAUAAUUUGGGCAACUCGAAGGAUUGCUAUGCCAUGUUUAGAAUGCAUAGGCCAUGUUUUGAUUCUUUGCAUGACACUUUGGUUGAAAAGUAUGGUCUGGAGGGAUCAACCAACAUGUGUUCCGAGGAGGCACUUGGAAUGUUUUUGUGGACUCUUGGUAGUCCUCAAUCUGUGUCACAAGUUCAGAACAGAUUCAAAAGAAGCAAGGAGACAAUCAAUAGAAAGUUUGCGGAGGUGCUAUACUGUGUGAAUCAGUUAGCGGGAGAUAUCAUCAAGCCUAUUGAUCCACUAUUCCCAACGGUGCAUGAGAGGCUACGGGACUCUAGAUUCACACCUCAUUUCGAUGGUGCUAUUGGUGCCAUCGAUGGGACGCACAUACCGGUUACUGUGCCAGCUGCUCAUAUGGUUAACCAUGUUGGUCGCUAUGGAUAUUCGACACAAAAUGUUAUGGCCGUGUGUGAUUUUGACUUGCGGUUCACCUCCAUAGUUGCAGGAUGGCCAGGUUCUGUGCAUGACACAAGGAUAUUCAAAGAUACAUUGUUUAAGUUUGAAGCAAAUUUUCCGCAUCCUCCUCCAGGAAGGUACUAUCUAGUUGAUUCGGGUUAUCCCAAUCAGGAUGGCUAUCUUUCACCAUAUACAGGCACCAAGUAUCAUCUACCUGAGUUCAGACUUGCUGGACCACCUACUGGGAAGAAAGAAAUAUUCAACCAUGCCCAUUCAUCUCUGCGGAAUGCUAUUGAGAGAACAUUUGGUGUAUUGAAGCAAAAAUGGCGCAUCUUGCGUGGUGUGCCAAGUUAUCCAUUAGAGAAGCAGACAGAGAUUAUCAUUGCGUGUAUGGGUCUCCAUAACUUCAUUAGGGAUAGUCAGUUGUUUGAUCUCCACUUCUAUCGAUGUGACAAUGAUGAGAACUAUAUGCCUCCAGGCCAUGUUGUUUCCACAUCAGGAGGUAAUGUAGGCAAUGAUUUGGGAGACGACCAUGUUAGCAUGAACAACAUGCGUGAUAACAUAGCCGAUGAUUUGUUCAUUGCUAGAGGAGGUGUCUUGUAGGCAUGAAAAAAUUGUAUCUCGUUUGGAUACUUUGGGACAACUUUGUAAUAUAACUACCACAACGACAUCGUAUUUCUAAUAUAUGGUGUUUUAUGUUCAGAUGUAA